CAAGAGAUGUGGAGGAGGAGCCAAUGUCAAGGACUCAAAGUCAGUAAGCGAAGCAAAGUGCGUGGAUAUGUGGUCCCGACCGCUCUCAAGUACUGUCGGCUUGUGGAACCCAUCAACUUCCGGGGCAGAGAUGUCGCAGAGCAUCUCAACAGGUAUGCAUUCGGAGAUGGAUGCCGACUACUUCAAUCUGGAUGCUCGCUGAUCCAAGGAGACAUCCUACUGCAACACUCCUAAAACCUGGGUAAUAACAAACAUCGUCCCUUGCUAAACAAAAUCCCUUUGUUUCAUUGAGACGCCUCGUCGGGAAGCACACAGGCAGCAAGUCUAAUACUGGCCCGCCAUGAAGGACCACGAAGCUGAACACAACACGCUUGCCCGCGAUCUCACACACGACAUUGCUGGUGGCACCCAUACGAAGACCCUGGGCAGUCUUCGUCUGCGCAAUGUCGAUACCAAUGAGAGGAUUCUCAUCCCGACCCCGUCGGCCGAUCCCAAUGAUCCUUUGAACCGGACCACCUUCUUCAAGUACUACACGGCUAUUGCAGUCUGCUUCGCCAUGGUCAUGUGCAACUUCCUUGCAGCGGGACCGACCAUCGCCGUGGUCGAAACUGCUAUGGACUUCUUCCCCAACUGGAAGCAGAUGGGCCUUGUGGCCGCCAUCCAGAAGACGGUCUACUUCUUCAACACCACCGCUCUAUUCCAGGGCAUUGGAAAUUUGGUCUGGAUGCCCUUGAUCAACAAAUAUGGCCGUCGACCAAUAUAUGUCAUUUCCUUUACCAUCUAUUUCGUUACAGCCCUCUGGUGUGCUUUUGCUCAUCAGUAUGCCAACUUCUUGGUGGCUCGAAUCAUCAUGGGUCUCGCUGCAGGUGCCGGCGAAUGUUUGGCCCCUUUGACCAUCGCCGAUAUUUUUUUCCUCCACGAACGAGGCUUCGUCAUGUCCAUCUAUACCGCGGCGUUGAAUCUCGGCGUCGGGUUCGGCUUAAUCAUUGAUGGUUUGAUCACCAUCAAUCAUCCGUGGCGUGUCAUAUACUACGUCGCUGCGGCCCUGAUCGGUUUCCUCGUCGUGAUGGUGGUUCUUACCUUUCCAGAGACUGCCUAUAACCGGAUCGGGACGGAAACAGGUGACAAGGCUGUCGACCGCUCUGUCUACUAUCGAGAGACAGCAGAGGUCAGAGCACAUCCGGCCAAGAGAACUUGGACCCAGGAACUCCCACUCUUUCGUGGAACCUUUACAGAAGAAUCUCUUCUCGCCAUGACCCUGCGACCGCUUGGCCUUCUCAUCCUUCCGCCCGUGCUGUGGGCUACUCUAGUGCAGUCUGUGACCAUUGGCUUCAUCACGGCGGUGACCUCCAACGUCGCCUCGGCCUUCUCCACCACCUACGGCUUUGAAGCCUGGCAGUCGGGCCUGUGUUUCUUUUCUGCCAUCAUUGGGGCGUGCUUGGGCAUCAUUUUCGGUGGCAUGACGUCCGAUCGUGUUGCCGAUUUCUUCACCAGAAGAAACGGGGGCAUCCGAGAACCCGAAAUGCGUCUGCCUUCGAUCAUGAUCUCCUGCAUCACCUCUCCUCUGUCACUGAUCCUGUACGGCGUGGGCAUCCAGAACAAGCUGCAUUGGAUGUGCCCCACGGUAGGAAUUGGGUUGCUCAACUUCUCCAUCACACAGGCUUGCAAUGUUUCGCUCGUCUACAUCAUCGACGCCUACAGACCCAUUGCUGGCGAAGCCAUCAUCACACAGCUAGCCUUCAAAUCCUGCUUUGGGUUCCUCCUUGGUUUCUACACCAAUACAUGGGUCGCUGAGAGCGGCUAUGCUGCGGCCUACGGCGAGAUGGCGGCCAUUUCUGGGGGAGUGCUUCUUAUGUGGAUACCGCUCUACAUUUGGGGUAAGAGAAUUCGCAUUGCGACCUUGAACUGGGGAAUCAUGAAGUAUGUGCGGUGGGAUGAGGAUCGUGAGGUUGGUGAGUAGAUAGUGGCAGACGAGCUAGCAACACUCGACUCGGCAUCAAGGCUUCGAAGCUUGGAGCCGGUGAUAGCUGUGACUACAUGAUGGAUCCUUUGAUGGUGCUUGUGAUGUAUGAUGAGGGAAGGGACGAGUUGACGCGGUCACUGCUGUACGUAGUAGUCCUGUGAGGCAUCUGAAC